ACAAAAAGACAAGCAUGUCACCUACAAAUAAAUGAUAAAUUGUUGUAGUUAAUGAAUUUAAACGGCCUAAUGGAAACUCUUAAAAAUUAUCUACAUGGCCAUUUGAAUAGGACUCUAUCGCCGCGGGCGACUGUCGCUAUUAUAUCUAUUAUAAGUUUGGUGGCAAGUUUCGCGGACUUCGUGACGAGUCAGAUGAUCCCAGAGGAUGCGUGUCAGUCGUGCAGGAGCAACAAUGUGCUGCGUCUGCGCGCCAAUAUCUACUGCCUCAGAAGUCUGCUGCUCAAACUGUUCCAAGUUGCCAACUUAAUAUUAUUGCUCGGUUGCAUUAUUGAGAAUUCAAUAAUGAUGCAGUUAUACAUUUGGUAUACGCUGUCGUUCGUCGUGUUCGGCUUUGUGGUUACGCUCGUGGAAUUCCUGAGCCGCAUCAAACGCGAACAGGUCUGGACUUUCAUGGCCCUAUUUGCAGACGUUUUAUAUUUAUUUGUUAUUUUCUGGUGUCUACCGAUAAUAGAUACUUACAGGAAAUCGUUGAAAGGCGACAAUCCAUUGGUGAGAAAUUCCGCUGAAGAUGUCGUUUAAAAUUGUUUGUUUUUAUUAAAAUGUAGUAAUGUUA